AUGGCGAGACUGGGGAGACUUGGCUGGGGACGUACAGCGUUCAAAGCCACUCUUGCCUUUUGCACAAUCAUGGCUCUCGCAUUUUUGAGCCCGCUUGGCUCUGCUUCUCCACGAGGAUUUUCAAUUGAAGAUCCUCCAGUUCUUGUAUCGCCGGUCCAAACAGCUAGACAGAAUGCGAUUGCGGCUGCGUUUCAACACGCUUGGAAUGGGUAUUCUAAAUACUGCUUCGGUCACGAUACUUUACAUCCUGUUAGCAAUACUUGCGAGGAUGACUUUGGUGGGUACGGCGCUACAGCCAUCGAUUCCUUGCCGACCGCCAUCAUGUUUGGCAACGAAGAAGUAGCAGUCCAGAUCCUGAAUUUUAUCGCUGCUUUGGAUUUCAAGGUGGUCAAAGGAGGUUCUAGGAUCCAGGUGUUUGAGGUCACUAUUCGACACUUUGCCGCCAUGAUCUCAGCCUGGGAUUUGCUUCAUGGUCCAUUCUCUCACAUGGUCACUAAUCCAGAUCUUCGACACGCGUUAUACGUCCAAAUGACUACGUUGGGGGAUGCGCUGAGCUGUGCUUUUGACACUCCAAGUGGCGUUCCUCGCGACUGGGUUGAUCCUGCGUUAUGUCAGACAGACAAAGCCACCCAGAAUACUAUAGCCGGCGCUGGAACUAUGAUACUCGAGUUCGCAAGAUUAUCAGACAUUACUGGAAACCAGACCUAUGCCCACCUGGCUCAAACUGCCGAAGAAUAUCUGCUGAAGCCACAGCCAGCAACUGGCGAGCCGUAUCCGGGACUCCUUGGCUCCUUCAUCAGCGUGGAGACCGGACAAAUUCUGGGCUCAAAGGGUAGCUGGGGUGCUUUUGCAGAUUCCUUUUACGAAUAUCUAAUAAAGGCAUAUCUAUACAACAGCGAUCUUUACCAGUCCUAUCUGGAACGAUGGCUCAUUGCAGCAGAUUCGACGAUUCGUUCGAUUGGGUCGCAUCCCUAUGGUCACCCAGAGUGGACGUUGCUAUCAUCCUGGGACGGAGGCAAUCUGCAGAAUUCUAUGGAGUCGCUUUCCUGGUUUGCUGGUGGAAACUUUAUUCUUGGCGGAAUGGUCACGAGCAACCAGACUCUUGUAGACUAUGGUCUCUCGAUCGCAGACGCAGCAGGUGCUAUAUACGAGUCAACCAAAACCGGCCUUGGGGGAGAAUUCGUGACCUGGUCAACCACCUGCGAGGCCAGCGAAAACAAUCCCUGCGACCCCAACGAGGCCAUUCGACUCACUGACGGAAGGUUCCGAUUACGGCCUGAGGUUUUGGAGACAUGGUAUUAUGCUUAUCGAGCGACCAAAGAUCCAAAAUAUCAAGAUUGGUCUUGGGCUGCAUUCGAAUCCAUCAAUCGCUAUUGUCGGACGGAUUCUGGCUUCAGCUCACUCACUGACGUAAAUGCCGACGAAGGGGGAAGUAAAGGCGACGUACAAGAGAGCUUUGUCUUUGCCGAAGUGAUGAAAUAUGUGUAUCUCACACAUUUGGAGGAUGCCCCAUAUCAUGUCCAAGACAGCCGAGGGAGCACGAAGAACACAUGGGUCUACAAUACAGAAGCACAUCCGUUACGUGUUGCGGGUCCUCCACGAUAAUGAUAACAACAAGACACGUACAGCCAGGGAGUUACGGAGGACAUGGAGUAUCUUACUUACAAUCAAUAAUAGAUACCAUGGGUG